UAGGCACAAAAUGAUGACCGAUUAACGUAAUUCAUCUACCGAAUGCAUUUACUGAGAAAAAAAAACACCAUAAAUAACAUUAAAUACAUUUGUGAAACUCACAAUGACGUCAUAGAAGACUUUGGCGGAAUUCCUGAAGCCCUCCAGUAUCCCAGCAUUCAAUGCGCCCUUGCAGCGUAUUGUUGACAAAGAAAAAGGAAACGGGGUGGGAUUUGAAAUAAAUAUCGUUAAACGGUAAACGGGAGUGAGCAUACCAUAGAAAUGUGAAAAAAUAAUCGACAAAUACUGAAGCAGCAAACUUUGCAAAACGUAAAAUGUCACUGCCAAAACUUUUGGCCACAGCUGAACAGAGUGACUUAAGCCUUUUAAUUCACACUGAACAGGUGAACGUCAUGCUGCCAAAGAGCUGAACUGGCUGCAUUUAGAACUGGAUCUCUGCACCGUUACGGCCCGGCGAGGGAGUGGGAAUACGAUAAAGGGAGGAGGAAGUGAGCUCAGCUUGAGCCAAUGCAGAAGCAGAGUCGGCAGCCUGACCUAGUGGAGGGAAGCCUUCCAGUGUUUGUGUUCCCCACUGAGCUGGUGUUCUAUGCAGAUGAGCAGGCUUCACAUAAGCAGGUGCUCACCCUCUACAACCCUUAUGAGUUUGCUCUAAAAUUCAAAGUUCUGUGCACAGCGCCAAACAAGUAUGCGGUGGUGGAUGCCACUGGUGCUGUUAAACCGCAAUGUUGCGUGGAUAUUGUGAUCCGCCAUAGGGAUGUGCGGGCCUGUCAUUACGGGGUGAUUGAUAAGUUCCGGCUGCAGGUGUCUGAGCAGAGUCAGAGGAAGGCCCUGGGCAGAAAGGAAGUAAUGGCCACUCUGCUGCCCUCCGCUGCUCAAGAGCAGCCCCAGGUCCGGCCCCAAGAAGAGGAGCGCAGGAUGAAGGAGCAGCUUGCCGACAGAGUGUUCUUUGAGCAGACUGCAUUCCAGACAGAGAGCCGUACAGCAUCUGGGGGUCCCAGCCUCCUUACUGUCCUUUUAGGCCUGGUGUGUAUGGCAGCCCUUAUGCUCCCAACUCUGGGAGAACAGGAAUCCACAGUGCCUGUCUACCUCCACUUAAGUGUUAACAAGAAACUUGUAGCUGCUUAUGUUUUAGGUCUUCUUACAAUGGUUAUUCUGCGCACUUGAAGUGCUCUUGGAAACAAUCUUGCUGGAUGGAACUAAUAAGAAGAUGAAGAGGGGAGAUAUGGACAUUAACAGCCAGGAGGGUUGUGACGUUGGAGGGAGUAUGUCUGAGAAACUCCCUGUAAACAGGAACUAACUUCUUAAACGAUCAUCGCAAACACAAUGAAGACGCAAAGAUCCAUGGGCAAGGGGAGGGGGAGCGUUUUGUGUUUACAGGCCCAAAACCGACUGAGCUGGCAUUAGGUUCGGCUGACUAUUAUGUUAAGUGGGAGGGGGUGUAGAGGAACAUGAAUACAUGAAAUUAAAUGUGUCGUUAUACGUCAAUAUUCAGUGUCUGUGAAUUUCUGUUGCUUAUUUCAAGGCUGAAAAUGUUCUAGUGUUUGUCUACUGCUUAAACCUUAUACAACAUAAAAUAAAGUAAAUUGAUUUUUAAA